AUGGAAGCAGACGAACUGACAUUCAUGCCUAUUAAUAAUAAUUCUCCCGUAAAAAACACCUAUGUUCAGUCUGAAGAAUGCAGUUCUUUACCAGCUGAAGGAAAACGCAAGAAAGAUAAAAAGCGACAUAAAAAGCACAAGACAAAAAGACGUCGAAGGCGAAGGUAUUCAUCUAGUUCCAGUUCCGACAGUAAUGCAGAUUUUCUCGAUAACUCUAAACGACCUGCGUAUUUUGAUAACUUUACCU